UUUCGACUAGCUAGUUACCACAGCUACAAAGUCGAAAUUGUCUGUCGUACAAAUUCAUGAAAACAAAAAUAACUUUUUGGUCUUCACUUAUGGUUAACUCUGUUACUGUUAGGUUUAAAAUCACAUUUUAAGAAGAUAAAUUGUAGAAAUAGGCGGCCCGUAUCACUUUGUGGCUAUAGCAACUAACGUUAGUGACAACCAAGUCAGAUCAUCCCACUGCGUGAAGUCGUUCGGCAAAUAUGUCUGCUACGGAUGUAGGCGGUUGUGGACCCGGAGCAGGACCCAGUUCGGGUGCUGGGUCCGGGGCAUCAAACCCUCGAAAAUUUAGCGAGAAAAUAGCUCUACAUACCCAACGUCAGGCUGAAGAGACUGCUGCUUUUCAUGAGGUUAUGAUGGACAUCACCUCUACCAGGAUCCAGGCUCAGAAAGUGCGUCUGGCUAGAACCCAGGGCCCAUACUAUGGGGGCUCUCUACCCAACGUUAAUCAGAUCGGCAGGAACCCGGGCGACUUUCAGGGUUUAUUCCACUCUAACCUGGACUCCAGUCGUUCCACACGGCACCACGGCCUGGUAGAGCGGGUCCAGAGGGACAGACGCUUCAUCUCCCCAGGGCGUCCCUACAGGAAACAAGUGGACAGCUCUCCGUACAACUCAGCCUAUCUGUCCCCGCCUCCGGACACCAGUUGGAGAAGGAACUGUUCGGGCAACUUCCCAGGAGACAAAAGCCCGUUGUUUCGCCUCCCCACCAUGGCACUCAACAGGACCAACUCAGACUCUGCCCUCCACACCAGUGUGAUGAACCCCCCUGCAGGAGACCCCUUCAACGCUGGACACACACUCACCCUUCAGGGCAGACUCACUGGUCAGAGUGAAGGAGAGGGGAGAAGAAUGUUUCCGUACCCAGUUCCCCCCAUUGAGGAGAACAUUCUGGAUCAGGGCAAACUGCUCAAACCCUGGGACACCAAGAAGUUGCCCCUGCUGUCUUCUCGACCCAAGUCCUGUGAAGUUCCCGGUAUCAAUAUCUUCCCCUCCCCUGACCAGCAGUCCAGCACCCCCCAUGCUCCCUCAGCCCUGAACACGGGGGGCUCCCUGCCCGACCUCUCCAGCCUGCACUUCCCGUCACCGCUGCCCACCCCGCUGGACCCAGACGAGCCGGGGUACCCCUCAUCCCUGAGUGGGGGCAGCAGCACGGGCAACCUGGCCUCCACCCUGACCCAGCUGGGCAUCAAUGCCAGCAACGCCUUCUGCCACUCGCCAGGUACAGGGACGCCAGGUCUCCUGGCAUCUCUUCAGGGGACUCUCAGUAACCCCUCCCUGCAGUCCUCGUUAAGCAACCCCAACAUCCAAUCAUCUCUCAGCAGCCACUCCUUCCCCAACUCCCUCAGCUCCACCUCCUUGCACUCGUCGCUUAGCAACCCUUCCCUGCAGUCCUCCCGUAGCUCCUCCCCCUCCCUCCAGUCUUCCCUGAGCAACCAAUCCCUGCACUCCUCCCUCAGCAACUCCUCCCUGAGUGUGCAGUCCCUCCACACCGCAUCCAGUAACCCUAGUUACAAUAGCGGGGUGGGAGGGUCCGGCUCGUGCUCCUCUUAUUCGCCACUGCUAACUAGCCAGGGGCAGUCGCCUCUCAGCACGUUGCCACGGAGACGAGCUCAGCUCUCCCCUCUGAUCCUACCCAUGGGAGGGGAGUCUCGCCGACACCACUCCAAACAGUUCUCCCCCACCAUCUCUCCUAACUUGUCCUCCAUAACACAGGGUGUCCCUCUGGACACCAGCAAACUCCCCAUGGACCAGAGGCUCCCUCCCUACCCCUUCAGCCAACCCCAGCAGCAGCUUCAUCAGCCAGGUCCUCCAGCAUCCCAUCAGCCCCAGCAGGCCUCUCAGGUAGGACAACAGCUCUCCCAGCCGCCCGUGGUAAUGCAACAACAAAAUCAACAACAGCAUCAACACCAACACCAUCAGCUGCAUUUGCAACACCAGCUGCACCAGCAGCAAUGUGCCCAGUCUCAGCAGGCCCUCCAGCAGCUGCACCUGCAGAACCUGCGCAAUGCCCAGAACCAGCAGAUGCAGCACCUGCAGCAGCACCAUAGGGUGUCGGUCAAAAUUGAGAAGCAGGGUGAGCAGGGCCAGAACUCUCAGUGCCUGCAGACGCAAGACCCGCAGUCAACCCAGCAGCAGCAACAACAACAGCAGCAGCAGCAGCAACAACAACAGGACCAGCAAGACCAACUGCAGCAGAUGGAGCAGCAAAGGCAGCAGGGAUGUCUUCCCCAGCUGCAGCACAUCAGCCAGUCCCUGGCCACAGACCUGGGCCUCUACAACGACACAUUACUGUUAAACUCUCUGUUGGAUGAUCCCUACCUGGGCCUGCAGAUCGCCUCCAGACAGAACCAGCAGUUCAACAUGGAGACUCCGGGAGACAGCCUGUCGUUCAACCACGGUGGCUUGGGCUGUGGGAGUGGUAGAAAAGGCCAGGAGGAAUCCUACCACCCCAACCAUGGCUUCCUGGAGCUCCACGACUCAGGGGAUAGGCAGCACCUUAACAACCAGAACUUUGGGGGAGAGGGAUGCCACAACGUCCCUAACAUCAUCCUCACAGGAGACAGUUCGUUGGGCCUUUCCAAGGAGAUCGCCAGCGCCCUGUCCCACGUGCCAGGGUUUGAGAUGGACUCCUUUGCUCUGGACGACCCCCUCAGGAUGGACCCCCUGGCCCUUGAGGGGCUGGGCAUGCUGGACGGAGACUUCAUGCUGACCGACCCCGCCGUGGAAGACUCCUUCCGCUCCGACCGCCUCAAGUGACCCCCCCCAGGAGUGGAUACGGAGGAGUGAGGAGGGAAGGGGGUUGGAACGACCCCAGACUGAAGUGGAACAGGUGGGGUUGAUCCCUGCUUUGUUUCCCUCUCCUUGGCGAUUGACCCAACCACAGCAUCUGCGAAUAAAAGGUCAGGUGGGAGGUUUUUGACAGUCUAGUGCAGGGAUCUCUGACUGGUCCCGGAGAGAAACUGGGAAGCAGGCUGUUGUUCUACCAGAGCACUAACACACCUGUCAAAUAAUCAGCUAAUCACUGUCUUAAAUCUGGAUCUUGAUUAUUUGAAUCGGGUGUGUUAGUGCUGGGCUUGAAUAGAAUUCUACAUGCUCUCCAGGACCAGAGUUGGAGGCACCUGGUCUAGUGGGGACCUCUCCACAUGCUUUUUGUGAGGUGGUGUGGUGGUGGGGAAGGUUGGAGGACAGGACAGACAUGUCAGUGGUGGAGCAAGUUCGUUUACGGUUCUUUCCGCUACAUCCAGGCAGUUAUCGAAAAUGCACUUGUGAUGCUUAAGAGAAAAAAAGAAAAUAUAGGCAUUAGCUUGUACGAGUCUUAUCUGCAUGUAAACAAAUGCACUUCGGAUAAUGCAUAAACGCAGGGAUCACGCAUGAGGUCAGUUACACUUGAAAAUGCCGUCUUAAAAACCAUACCAUAUGCAUUCUAUGAGACAGGACUUUCCCGACUGGUCUUUCGGCUUUGUCUGUCGGUGUUCCAUCAUUCCAACGCCAGUAUGGGGAGGCUGGAAUAUCGGCCAUGUUCGCCAUCUUUCUACUGCAAGAACAUACAGUAGAUCUGGGGUAUUUUCUGGAUUACAUCAACCCAACCAGAGACUGUUCAACCAAUAGUUGCCAAUUGACAUGUCAUUAAGUGUUUCCAUUUUAUUUAAGUUUGGUGAAGGUAAUUCAAUGGCGGGCUUUUCAAGCUAUAAUUCGGAUAUAGUUCAGUCUUUCAACGGACAAGAGAAGAAAGUGUUUUUUUGAGAGGUGACUUUCUCAGUCCAAGUUGGACAAGUUGGCACUUACGGGGCCAUUUUAGUGUCUGGAUGGCAUAUUCAUCUGUAAGAUUAUCACUGUGUCUGUGUUCAAGACCCAGCUAAAUUGACCUUUCUCAUUUAACGUCUGUUAACUUGAAUCGUCUUGAUGGUUCCGAAUUGAAAAAAAAUGACUAAAUCAAUCGUCUAAGGAUAUUGUCCUCAUAUUGAACCAAGUAGUCCACAGAAUCCAUUAUCCAACUCUCCUGUCUAUAAAAACAACACAGAAAAUAACACAUUUCAUUGCACCUGUCUGGUGUGUGACAAAAUAUUUUUGUAUUCUUUUUUUAAACAUUUUUAUAUGUCCCAACAUGACAGCUGUUGCCAUUCUGCCAGCCUGCUUCUAUACCAUUGAGCUUCUCAGUAAGUUUAACCUUUUGCUAUGUACCACCCCUGUGUGCCUGCUAUCUUCCCCUCAGAUCUUAGACCUACCCUCUUCUGCACAUUUCCUUUAAAGCAACUAGGGACUGUUUGUUUUUAAAUGUGUGCUAUUGACAAAGUGUCUGCCUUCCAUCAAGAUAAUUGGCAUUGUUGAUAUGAAAAAGGCAGAGGAAAAGCCCUCAAUACAUUUCAAUUACAUGAAUUGGAGUUGUAUGUUUUAUCAUUGAGUAAUUGGGAAACGGCAAGGCCAAAACCAAGUAGACUAAUGCAUAGCAACAUUUUUGCCAUAGUAUAUAUUUUAACUGCUACUACUAUCCCAAUGCCUUGGAGCUUUAGUGUCCGUUUUAGUCAGGUAAUCCUAGCCACUGUGAUUGACACCUCUAACCCCUCCCACCUGUAGCACCUGUCUUGCCACAGCAAGGGCCAUAGCCAGAUUAUAGUAACAUAUUUUUAUGUAACAAAGUAGUUAUUACUAUGAAGUUUUAUUUUUUAAUUAAAGGUGGUCUGUCUUUGUAUAUAAAUGGAUAAAUAAUUGAGAGUAUAUUUAAGAAGAGAAGCCUUUUGGUUCCGCAACACCCUGAAACCGGUUGCAUGAUUUGAAAAGCAACAGGUUCUGAAAAAUGUAGUCCAUUUGCUAUGCAAAGUGUUCUUGUGCAUGUCUCGUGUGACUGUCUGGGAGUUGCCAAAUACAUUUUUUUAUUUAGUACAUUUGCAUCAUACUAUUGUAGUGAAAAUACAUUUUUUUUAAACUAAUUUUUUGGGGCUUUUUAUCGGUUUUUAAAUGGUCAUAUUUUGCUUUGGUGACAAUGUUUGAUAUUGGUGUCUGACGACUACUGUAAGUUUGACAUUUUGUGGCAGCAACAGGAAGUUAGUGCUUGAGAUAAUAUCGUUCAACUUUCAUAAUGACAAAGGUUAUGGAAAUCAGCCCUUCUUUCCAGUGUGGACUGAAAGAGGCCAUGUAAGCAUUGCAAUUUGGAUAUAGAAAGCUGUAUGCAACUGUUACAUCAUAGAUUGGUGGUAACAUCCAUCCUAAAAUUAAGUAGUGCUGUUCUGAAGUUGUGUUAACAUAGAGUUUAACCCCCUUAUUGACAGAUAUUGAAGUACCUCUAAUUACCGGUAUGCUUUAUUUCAACCAUAUUGCUUUUACACUGAUCAUAUGAGCCAAAUGCAAAUCUUUUUUGACAGGAGUGGUGGUUGAAGUGGUUUGAGUAUCAAACCUAUGGUAAAACCCAUUCACUACUGCCCCCUAUCCAACAGUAAUAGUGUGGGUUUGCAAAGUCUCCUUUUACCACUGUGAGCCAAUGUUGUGCCUCGAUGUAAACUCAGCAAAAAAAGAAACGUCCUCACUGUCAACUGCGUUUAUUUCCAGCAAACUUAACAUGUGUAAAUAUUUGUAUGAACAUAAGAUCCAACAACUGAGACAAACUGAACAAGUUCCACAGAUAUGUGACUAACAGAAAUU